UAUUGUUUCAUUUCUGAUAAAAUAUUCCGACUAGUCGGUAGGUAAUUGUAAAUUUUAAUCUGAACCUAGAAGCCAGAUGGAGAUUGUAGAUAUCGAAGAGAAUCUUAACGCGCAACUCAAAAAGGAUUAUGAAGCUCAAAAAGAUGGUUUCGUGCAAGUCGGAGAACGAAAAUGGUUUUACCCCUGGAGAUAUAGAAAGACUGCAGAAGAAUUGAAAAAUUUCGACGUUAGGCCUGACGAUAUAUGGAUCACAGGAUUUCCACGAUCAGGUACUACUCUCACGGGGGAAAUUGCAUGGCUACUCAGUCACGAUUUGGAUUUCGUUAAAGCGAGGGAAAUUGAAUUGUCAUCACGUGUCAAGUUUUUCGAAUUAGAUAUUGUCAUAAACGAAAAGGUGGAACAUGAGACGAUUGAACAGUUUCCAGAAGAAGCAGCAAACUUCGCUAAACGGAGAAACAUUUUGAAUUCCUUAAGGGAAGCCAAAACUAGGAGAGUCAUAAAAACUCAUUUACCCUUCGAACUAUUACCUGAUGACAUAUUCAAAAAAGGAUGUAAGGUCAUUUACGUGUGUAGAUACCCCAAAGAUGUUUGCGUCUCAUAUUAUUUCCUGCAGUCGAAUAACAGCAUGAUGAAGUUCCGUGGAGGAUUCGAAAAGUACUGGAGAUACUUCAAGGAUGGUUACUGUGAGUGAAAAUAUGUAAUUUUGCC